AUGGCGCCGUCAGAAGGCUCUACCAUGCAGAGUCUGCCUGAGGCUACGGGUCCAUGCGGUCUCGUUGCUAAUGCCCUCUACAUGAGAGUUCUCAUGCCUGUGGCGGGCCGUGUAGAUGGGGGUCUCAGUCGUGUCAAUGGGAGUCUGGCCAGUGUUGCUGGUAGAGUUGACGGAUAUCUGGACACCGUCGAGAGACAGCUGGAUCCAAACUUCAAGUAUCACGAGGCUGCCAGGGCUAUGGUGGUUUGUGGAGAGGACAUGGUCGUUGAGCGCUGGAAAGUGUGGGAGGACAAACGAGUCGGUGGUAAGAUGUGA